GAGAAACUGCUAAGAUCAGUUUCUCCAUGUGUAUCUGGGGCUAUCACUUAACUGCCUCUUCCCAGAUCAGGGGCAGCUGGGUCAGGUUUCCCCAGGGCAGGUGGAGAUGAAUGAAAGCCUGUGCUGCCACACGCAAGGACAGCCAUCAGGAUGUUCCGUGGAGAAUAGAAGCUGGAACCAGAGCCUCUGACCUGUUUGCCCCAAUAAUGAGGGCCCCAAUGAGUCAUCUGCUGGCUGGCCUAUGGAUGGGGGUGGUCUUGGGCUGGGUCGGGGGCUCAGCUCCUGACCUGGGCCCUGCUGAGCAGGAGCAGAAUCAUUACCUGACCCAGCUGUUUGACCUGUAUGGGGAGAAUGGGACGCUGACAGCAGGCGGCUUAGCACGGCUUCUUCAUAGCCUGGGGCUUGGCCGAGUUCAGGGCCUUCGCCUGGGACACCAGGGACCUCCAGCUGGUCGGGCUGUACCCCCAGUUGAAGACAACUCCACACACAGGCCUCAGGACCCUGAACUGAAUGUGGAUGUCUGGGCAGGGCUGCCUCUGGGUCCAUCAGGGUGGGACGACCUGCAAGAGCCAAAGGCCCCACCCGUGGCCCAUGGGCCAGGCUCCACGGGCCUGGACCUCUUUCACAGGCUCCUACUGCUGGACCACUCACUGGCUGACCAUGUGAAUGAGGAUUGUCUGAAUGGCUCUCAACUGCUAGUCAAUUUUGGCCUGAGUCCAGCUGCUCCUCUGACCCCUCAUCAGUUUGCCCUGCUGUGCCCAGCGCUGCUUUAUCAGAUUGACAGCCGAGUCUGCACCCAGACCCCAGCCUCGGGACCCAUAGAGGAUCUACUGUCUGCCCUGGUUCACAGUGCUCUGGCAGUCUUGCUGCUCAGUCUCCCUGCUCCCCUCUCCCUGCUGCUGCUGCGUCUCCUGGGACCUCGUCUACUGCAGCCUCUGCUGGGCUUCCUGGGUGCCCUGGCCGUGGGCACUCUUUGUGGGGAUGCACUGCUACACCUGCUGCCUCAUGCCCAAGGGGGGCAGCACACCGGAACUAGUGGACAAGCAGAGGACCUGGGCCCGGGGCUCUCUGUGCUUGGAGGGCUCUUUCUGCUCUUUGUGCUGGAGAACACGCUAGGGCUGCUGCGACGCCAAGGGUUCAGGCCAAGAUGCUGCAGGCGACAGAAAAAGCCUCCUGGGAUAACACAUCUGGACCCUGAGGAUGGCAGUGGCAUGGCUCUCCAGCCCCUGCAGGUGACUCCAGAGCCAGGCACUCAGGGCCAGAGGGAGCUUGGCAGCCAGCCCCCAGCAGCCUCCGCCCCUCCAGGGCACCAAGGCCACAGUCAUGGGCACCAAGAUGAGGCCAGCAUCACGUGGAUGGUUCUUCUGGGAGAUGGUUUACACAACCUCACCGAUGGGUUGGCCAUAGGUGCUGCCUUCUCUGACGGCUUCUCCAGUGGCCUCAGUACUACCUUGGCGGUCUUCUGCCAUGAGCUGCCUCAUGAACUAGGUGACUUUGCAAUGUUGCUGAGGGCAGGGCUGCCCCUCCGGCGGCUGCUUCUGCUGAGCCUGGUGUCUGGAGCCCUGGGACUCGGGGGUGCAGCUCUGGGGGUGGGGCUCAGUCUGGGCCCAUUCUCCCUCACCCCUUGGGUCUUUGGGAUCACUGCAGGGGUCUUCCUCUAUGUGGCCCUUGUGGACAUGCUACCAGCCCUGCUUCGUCCUCCUGAGCCCCUCUCUCUUCUGGAAGCACUAUUGCAGGGGCUGGGGUUGAUGCUGGGCGGCAGCCUCAUGCUCACUAUUGCCCUGAUGGAGGAGCAGCUGCGGCCCCUGCUUGCCGGAGGCUAAUGGGGCCCAGGGGAGAGGCACCUGUCCAGGUGCCCAUCCUUCCUUCCCCCCAAGCACAGGAAUGGAGGCGGGACACAGGGCCAGUAGGAGCAAUAGGAUUUUAAUAAACAGAACCCAUCCCAAAGCCAUAA